UUAACAACAUAACCUCACUUUUUCUCAUCACUAAAUAACAUAAAAUCAAUUUAAAGAUAAUUUAAGCGAAAUGAAUCAAGCUGAAGUUUCAAAAUUAGUCUCCCAAUUACGAAUAAAAGUAAACCCUCGCCUAAGAAAGUUUCGUUCACCAGGUGGCCCCGAAGCACGCCUCGAUAAGCUCCGAAAAACGGUAACCGCCUUAAUAAAACACGAAAGAAUUGAGUUAAAUUAUCCACGUGCUGAUGAAGCGCGAAUGUACGCCGAGCGUUUAAUAUCCGAUGCGAUUCGAUAUGGGGAUUGUCACAAAACAACGAUGGAAAUGGCAGAUUAUUGGUUAGUUGAAAAGCAAUUGGUUCAUAAAUUGUUUAAGGUUCUCGCACCGAGGUUUCAAGAUAGCCGGGUUUGUUACACAAGGAUGUAUAAAGCGCCUAGACCUUACCCGGGGGAGAAACAUCUUAAAGCCGUUUUAGAACUUAGAGGUAAUCCAUAUCCGGCUUUAAUUGAGGAUAAUGCGAGUAAUAAGAAUUGGAUUCAUAAUAUUUUGUUGAAUGAGGCAAAAAAGGAGUAUAGAAAAGAGAAAUAUGCGGAAAUUGCAGCUAAAAUUGAUGAAAAAUAAAAAUUGUAGUUAAUAUUAAGUUUAUUGAUUAAAAUAGUCUUAAAAAUAA